AGUAUUUGCUGUGCCGAAUUGUUGCUGCGAGUGCUAAAAGCUGGCUUUGACGGUGUUGUUUGUAUGUGCAACUCUGGCCGAUAACUUGGGGCGCCGUCACCGGCAAGACAGCCUGAUUUGCGGCUAUUGGUUGGUGGGUUGGCAAGACACGAUACAAGGACGGGAAGCUUGGAUUCUCCACGCCGGAAGCGCACAAAGCUUCUCGGCCUCGCAUCUGGCGCAUCAGCCACGUAACGUAAGGGUCGGCUGGAUCGUAUCGUGAAGUCCGAGUCAGCUAGCGAGCGGUAGCCAACGGCAAGCAUGUGAGCGCAACUAUCCACCUUUCUAUUCCAUUCACUGUGUCUUUCAUUUUCUGCCAAUGUUGCUGCCACUAAUGGUAUAGAUGGUUGCGGAAUACAUGUCGCUACCCGGAUCGCCGUUGCGUCCCAUGCAAAAAAGCCGCCCGCCAUGAGCUCCUUGCAACACAUCCUGGCUGAUGAGCCGGCGGACCCUUCCAACGCUGCUGCACCAGCACUCGAACUGAAGUCUGCCUCGAGCUCUGCUGCAAUGCCUCCGCCGCCCUCAAUCCCGGUCCACGGAAGCUUAGACGACAAUGCCGCCGACACACCCAAGGACGAGGAUGACGUGCAGCACACCUCGACGACGACCAGCACCAGGCGCAAUCCCAGCGGCAGUAUCUCAUCAGUGUUCUCCGGCAACAAGAUGAAACACCUGAAGAAGGAAGACGGCAUCCCACUGUGGCGCAAAGACAUCCAGUACGAGUUUCUUCGACUCGUCUUUUACGACACAACAAGAUGCUUCGCGAAAUACAGCAUGGGACCGGGAAAGGACAAGAGCAGCUUUACCUUUGCUGAAAUCUACAUCGACGCCAUGGCGAGAAGCAGCAAGUGCAGUAAGAUAUUGAAGGAGAAGCUCUUGGCGGACACGGAAGGUGCCAUAUCCAUGGCUAUGGUAUGCUUGCUCGUCAAUGUGGGCAGGAUGAAUACCACUCUCAACUUCUUCCCGGAAAUGCGAGCUCAGCUUCGCACUUACCACUCCAUCCCAGCCCUGCAAGCAAAUCAGGACCCGAACACAUACAAGCAGUUGCAAGACGCACCACGUCUGAAGUCAAUACUCAAGGGUGCUACGGAAGACGAACCUCAACCGAACACUCUAGACGACAUCCAAACAGCAAGGGUACCUCGUACGAAUCCGGUGAACUUGAUCUUCGUCAUGAGCCAGUACGCGCCCAAGAUCACGGAAACGCACUUUCAACAACCUCGAGACUUCUUCGACCUGGUCAUGCGAGGUAGUCUUAGCAGUGCCAGUCGAGCAAAAGCGUUCCUUUGGUUAAUCUGGUGGUACCUUGAGAGCAACUUCACCCGCGAAGAUGCGGAACGGAAUCCGUUCGGUCCCGGGCAGUACGGCGAAGGCGAAGAAGGCACUGAUGCAAUGCCCAUCAAGGUACCGACUCUGGAGAGCUUGACCGAGGAGCAAGCUGCUCUUGAGAAUGUCGAUACCGAAGAGGAAAAGCAUUUUGGCGAGGUCAAGCGGAAGGAGCGAAUCGCCAUUCUUGCAAGCGAGCCUAGUCCGGCAAUGACAGCUUUGAAGCGAGCACGGAAGGAGAAGGGUCUAACAUCUGCGCGGGAUACUGGACAUGGAUCGGACGAGGAGACGAAUGAGCAUGCCUGGUAUAGAAAUGGGCCGUCCGCAAUGAGACCGUCUGGCUUGCAUCACGAAACGGGCAGUGAGUACACUCGAUCACCAUCUCCGGUCACAAGCCAUGGCUUCCAGGCUGUCAAUCUUGCUAAGCCAGUGGGCGAUAUGCGAAUCAACAACCUCUUGAAUAAUGACGAGGCUUCAAUGGACACACCGUCCGCUCAGCCCGGUGCGUCUAAGAAAGGACCUGGCAGAGGCAACUGGCGAAGGAACAGGACUAAGCAGGAACCUGUCCCACUUGCUGUCCGCGGGACCGAAAACUCUUACCACGUUCCGCUGGCACCGAACACAGGUCAGCUAAGCUUCGUCACCGAGGUCCCAAACGGUCAGCUACAGCCAGCGACGCCGGGCUCGCCAUAUGCGCAAUACGGUAAUGGACUGUCGCACCAUUCGCCGCAGCAGACACUUUCCUUCCAGCCACCCGUUACCCGAGAUCAUAUUCCAACACCGUCGUAUCAAGCCCAGAAACGUAACCGCGGCGUCACGCAGCAUCAGUCUGCUCUCAUCAACCACCGAAGACAACAAAUUGAUUAUAUGCUCGACCGGCGAAUCCGCAAAGUCCACGCUCGUGCACGCGGCAUCCGCGAAGACGAAGGCGCAAUCAUCCGGGCUUGGAAGCGCAUCCGCCUAAUGCCCACUGAGUACGACUCCGAAGAAGAAGCGAUCCGGGCACGUAAGCUACGAGACAAAACGGAUGACGACUGGCGUGUUUCGAAAAACAAAGAGAACACGGAAACGCCUGAAGAGCUUGAGGCUCUCCGUAAGCCGAGAGUGCUUUACGCAGGUCUGGCCCUACCUAUCUCCGUCGAGACGAAUGAUGUCGGUGAGCAAGCAUUAAGCCUAGCCAAGACGUUUCGGCGCACCUUCCGAAGGCUGGAGCGAUGGGAGGAUACCAAUCUGCCGGGUCAGUCGAUGCUUAGGCGGCAGCAUAUGUUGUCCCGAGGGAUGCUGCCAUCACAGCGGUACAGCUAUGCGCCGCACAUGGAUCACGACGGGUUCGAGUUUGUUGACUCGGAGUAUUCGCGGAGAGGGGCCAUUCAGCGGCAGAGGAGCGGGACGGGGCGCGGGAGUGAGCGCCGGAUCUUAGCUGCGUCUGCUGGUGAUGCGCAGAGGGGCGGCUACGAUAUGGAGGAUGAUGAGGGUGGUGGCGAGCUGGACGAGGAGGAGAGGGAAUUGCUUGGGGAGGUCGAUGCCGACGAAGACGAGGAUGAGGACGAAGACAUGGCUGAUAAUUGAAAGAGCAAUGCGCAUUGUUCAUUGCAGAAGAUACGAAACUGAACAGGACGAAGCGGCAACUUCGACGUGGCCGCACCAUUAAUUCAUACACCGGCUCGAUACAGAUAAUAGACUUCCCCUUCAAUGCUUC